UCUGCAGACUCACACACACACAAACAGAGACACACACACUCUGAGCUCCUCACACCAGCUGCUGUCUCUUUACUAACGGGACAACUUUAAACCUCCUGGAUACCACAGUGGACCCUCUGCUCAGUGUGAACACCCCGGACUGAGGUCGUUCACUGCCGCUGAAAGGAUGAUAACGAUCGUGGGAGGAGGCCACGGCCGGAGGUGCAGCCCUCGCUAGAAUCCUACUUCUCUUCCAGUUCACCCCUUUACCAUCGCCCAGUGUUGCUGUCCACCCCCACCCCAACCUGGCACCAUGGCCAACCACCUGGAGCUGAUCCAAGAGCUGCAGCAGCUGGACAAGGUGCCCAGUCUGGAGAGACUGCGGGCGGCCCAGAAGCGGCGUACCCAGCAGCUGAAGAGAUGGGCUGUGUAUGAGAAGGAGAUGCAAAACAAGAAGCGAAAGGCCGACAAGAAGGGACGCAUUGCUAACAGCCUCCAGCAAUCAGAGCCCAAGAAACAUGUGUCGUUUUCCGCCAGCGUGGCGCUCCUGGAGGCUUCGGCCAGGAAUGAUCCAGAUGAAGUUCGUUACCUGCUGAGGAACAAUGUGAGUCCAGACCUCUGCAAUGAAGACGGCCUUACAGCUCUGCAUCAGUGUUGCAUAGACAACUAUGAGGAGAUGGUGAAGCUCUUGUUGGACCGAGGAGCCAGUGUUAACGCUCAGGACAACGAACUGUGGACGCCGCUGCAUGCUGCUGCUACCUGUGGCCACGCAGGACUUGUUAAGAUACUCAUCGCACAUGGCGCAGAUCUGCUGGCAGUCAACUCCGAUGGGAACAUGCCCUACGACCUGUGUGAAGAUGAUCCCACGCUGGACAUCAUUGAGACGGCCAUGGCCAACAGAGGCAUCACCCAGGAGAUGAUCAACGAGACGCGAGCGUCGACGGAGAGGAAGAUGAUAGGAGACAUUCAGGAACUGCUGAGUCAAGGAGAAAAGGUCAACCAGCAGGACUCUCAGGGAGCUACUCUGCUACACAUCGCAGCAGCAAAUGGCUACGCGCAGGCUGCAGAGCUGCUGCUGGAGGGGGGGGCUCGUGUGGACCUCAGAGAUUCAGAUGGAUGGCAGCCUCUUCAUGCUGCAGCGUGCUGGGGUCAGAUGCAUGUGGCAGAGCUGCUGGUGUCUCACGGAGCCAGUCUCAAUGCCAAGACCUUCCUGGAGGAGACUCCAAUUGAUCUGUGUGAGGACGAGGAGUUCAGAGCCAUCCUGCUGGACCUGAAACACAAACACGACAUUAUCAUGAAGUCACAGCUCAAGCACAAGACCUCGCUGUGCAGGCGAACGUCCAGUGCAGGCAGUCGUGGAAAAGUGGUGCGGCGAGCCAGUUUGUCGGACAGACACAACCUGUGUCGUAAAGAGUACGAGACCGAGGCCAUCGUGUGGAGGAAAGAAAAGGAAGACGAGGACGAGAAAGAAAAGGAGUCUGAUCAGGAGAAUAGCCAAGUAGUUAGUGUCAAGCCUGUUGUCGCUGUGGAGCUGCCCGACAAGUCCAACCUACCCACCAUCCUCAAAGAAGGCAACAGCAAGCAGAAUGGCCUAAUCUCCACGACAACAUCCAUGCCACCUCAGCCUCCCUCCAAUGGCAGCACACCGACGUCCAGUAAGGGUGGGGUUGUCACCACCCAGCCGUCCCAGGAGGAAGCCUGGCCAAAAGAGCGCCCUCAGACUCUGUCAGAGCUGAAAAAGCAGCGAGCUGCUGCCAAGCUCUUGAACCACCCCUUGUUCAACGGUCACCUUGGUAACGGCUCCACAGACUCCUUCACUGAUGCCAAAACCACCACUGAGGAUCCUCGCAUGCCGCUGGUCUCCUCCAAUGGCAACGCCGUAUAUUAUACCCCAGCCAGCGGCGACCCACCCCUGCUCAAAUUCAAGCAGCCUAUGGAGGAGGAGCAGCCGAAGGUGCGGACCUGCUGCUGCGUGUCAUAGUUGGUGCGCGGUCAUGUGACUGUUACCAGAACAGGAAGUGUUUGCACUGAGAGGAGGGAAGCAAGGAAGGCUGUGUAGAAGGGAGGAGAAGAAAGAAGGAAAGUCUUUGAACAUCCUUCACCACUCCCGGUUCAAAAAUGUCUUCAAGACAGGCGGCCCGAUUAAAGUAUGAAAACAUUUCCUUUCACCUCCCAGUCUCGUAACUCCUUUAAAGUGCAGCUGAGAAGUGGAGGAAAUUCCUUUCAUACAUGGAGUCUCUUUACACAACAAAUGUAAAGACAAGAAGUGGUCCCGCUCUCCCUGUUAAAAAUCAAAGAGGAUGGGGAGUGUUUUUUGACAGAAAUUUAGAAUUAGGAGAGAAGAUCGCAAGGUACUGAAUCCUCUACUUUCACACAUGGAAGAAACUUUGUCUGUUACCCCACAAACAGAUUGGUAUUAUUUCAUUAGAACAGCAUUUCUUCCAGGAUAAACUAAUCUUGUUAUCAAA